CUAGAGCUCAGGUUCCAUAUCGUCGCCCUCGGUUUCCUGGGCUUUAAUGACAUGUACUGUUGAAAUCGCACAUCACAAUACUGCACAUAAGUACUAUGUGAAACCAAAAAAAAGGCUCGUGAUGUCCCUGCAGGUGUUUGUAACCAACACGUUUCGAAUGCUCAUAGAUAAGGGUUACAGUAGAUUAUAAAUUUGCUUUGACCCAAUCUGCUAUGUAGACUGUACGUACCAUUUCUUAGCUCAACUGGAAGACAAGGUUCUCGUAACCUCAAGAUAGGUACCAUUGUUUUCUCUGCAAUGUAUAUAUCUUUGUCCUACCCUCUAUGACUCAAACUCAAUACGAUGGCGUCUAACUAUUAUUCUAUCUCACAAAGAAGAACCUUCGGAUAAGGCCCAACUGGCAGCACUAGGAACAGACAAAGUUGUCAAUUGACGAAAGAUUUUGCACGCGGCUGCAUGGGAGAGAAAACAUUUCAGCCAAAGAACAAUUGAGAGCAAAAUCUGGAGGCAGCUACUAAUCAACAGAUUCCAUUUUUCUUGUCACUUUUUGGGUAAAAUAAUUCUUCCCCAGAAACAAAACUUUCUGUCUUCCGGCCGGGAAAAAGAAGAAGGGUUCUUGGUGCAUAUGAUACCUUUGACUGUGUCUUGUCACAACCGUUCCAUUAUUGGUACAUCCGUAGCAGUUGAGUAGAAGCUCUAUUCCGUAUGUUUGUUUGUCUGAGACCAGCCUUCUGAUUUGAAUAGAAUAGGCGAGAGUGAUUUUCCAUGAAACCGACUUGUGAACCGACGACCACAGCUGUAAAAGUCGCCUUUUACUCGGGGCCGAAUGCUAGCUAGCUUGCUAGCUCACACAUCAACUCUCCUGGUUUUCAGCAGGGAAAAAAGGGCAAGGGGAUUGUGAGCAGUGGUCGCAGGAGGAGAAGAGGAAGAUGAUGAUGACCGAAGUGGCCAACCACAGCAAAAGGAACCACACCGACAGCUACUUCAGUGGGAAGCAGGCCGUCGCCACCAGCAGCGGCUCGGAGGAGUUCGUGGGCAUGGGGUCGAAGAAGCCGAGGAACGCGAGCCCGAGGGGCGGCGGCGGUCCCAUAUCGCCAAAGGAGAAGAAGGACAAGGUCGGCGAGCGAGUGGCGGCGCUGCAGCAGCUAGUGUCGCCGUUCGGGAAGACGGACACUGCUUCUGUUCUUCAGGAGGCGUCAGGCUACAUCAAGUUCUUGCACCAGCAGCUGGAGGUUCUUAGCUCCCCGUACAUGCGCGCUCCGCCGGCGCCCGGCGCCGAGCCUGAGGACCCAGACCACUACAGCCUGCGGAACCGCGGGCUCUGCCUGGUGCCGGUGGAAGAGACGCUGCAGCUGACCCAGAGCAACGGCGCCGACCUCUGGGCGCCAGCCAACACCACCAGGCGCAGAUAAACCGAAGAAGCUCGCGCGCUUCUAUCUUCGCAGACCGGCCAAGAAAGAGCCUGGACGACGACGGCAGCACCAAAUCGUUUCUCUGAUCCUGAACGUACCCUGUCCUGGCGCCGGUAGUAAUAUGUAAUCGUAAGUAUAUAGCGAAACGACGCACCGCAUAACGAUCGAUCGAUCGACCUGUGUGUGUCUGUGUAAACUCUGUGGUUUAACAUGGUAGCGACCUGUUGCUGUCGCUGACUAAUUAAAAUCAGCAGUUCGAUGCCA